GUCCCUAACCCACCUCAAGCAUCGAGCGACUCUUGAACUCAAGGCUGAAAAGGAAAAAUGUUAGUGGUCAGCCCUGAAUGUGCACGCACUCCAGUUACUCGGAACCAUGUCUUUUUUGAUGAAAAAGAAGAAGUUUAAGUUUCAAGUCCAUUUCACCUUGGAGGAGUUAACAGCAGUGCCUUUUGUCAAUGGGGUGCUGUUUUGUAAGAUUCGGCUCAUUGAUGGUGGGGACUUUGCCAUCUUGUCAUCCAGGGAGGAGGUGCAGCAAAAUUGUGUCCGAUGGAGCAAAAAGUUCUCAUUUAUUUGUAAAAUGAGUGCAAACACCAUCACUGGUGUGUUGGACCCCUGCAUCUGUAGGGUCUCUGUGCGCAAGGAGCUUAAAGGAGGAAAGGCCUUCUCAAAGAUUGGCUUUGCUGAUCUCAACAUUGCGGAGUUUGCUGGCUCAGGCUCCACAGUUCGCUGCUGCAUCUUGGAAGGCUAUGACACCAAGAACACUCGGCAGGACAAUUCCAUUCUUAAGGUAACAAUUGGGAUGACCCUUCUCUCUGGUGAUCCCUGCUUUAAAACGCCUCCCAGCACAGCCAAAUCUUUGUCCAUUGGACAGGUGGAUGCAUCCCUGCAGCUGGACUGUAAGGGGGAAGCUUCUCCGACCUCUCCUCUAGGCGGCAUUUUGGAGGGGAGUCGCCACUUUAAACCAAGACAGUCAUCAGUGCGGAGCUUAGGACUGCCCGAGGAUGGGGAUGUUGUGUCCACUGCAGAGGAUGUCUUUCACACACGGCAUGUUCGCAGCUCCAGUUAUGCCAGUCAACACAGCAAGAUAUCAGGCUAUAGUACUGGCCACUCUCGUUCAUCCAGCCUGACUGACUUGAGUCAUCAGAGAAAUGCCUCCUGCAGCAGCAGUGUCUCCUAUGGUUUGAACCAACCCUCGACGCCCACUGAAGCACAUAGACAGGCCACUCCCACCAAACCUGAACGGCCUCCACCACCCUCAGCUGCUGCUCUCAACAGAUCCUCCAGGUAUGAAAAGACUACAUACCACUCGCUCCUUUAG